UGAUAGAGAACUUUCAACCUCCUUCCCCACCAUCACUUGCCUAGCUUCUAUAUUACUGUCUCAACUGAAGUCUUUAUUAUUUCACAAGCUUUCGUUAUCAUCUAUCUGGGCCUUUUUGCCACACAUUUUUCUGUCUUUCUCUGUCUUGGUACCAUGAGACCCGAGAGGAACCCAUUGGACCUCAACAACUUACCUGAGGAGUAUGGAAGAGAUGGGAAACAAGUCCUUGAGGGGAGCUCCAGCGUUUGUACAGAAGCUUCAGAUUCUACUCGUGGUAGAAGAAAGAAAAGUGGCGGAAAGGAGGGUAAAGAUGAACAUGGGAAGGUCUACGAGUGUAGGUUUUGUUCCCUUAAGUUCUGCAAAUCUCAAGCUCUUGGUGGACACAUGAAUCGCCAUCGCCAAGAGAGGGAGACAGAGACAUUGAAUCGAGCUCGUCAGCUGGUGUUCAGUAACGAAACCCUAGCCGCCCAGGGGGUCCCCCAUUUAGGGUUCAGAGAUCUUCAAAUGUGUAGUGGGCAACAAAUCCCAUCUAUGCCCUUCAGACCAGUUUACCAAACAAGAAUAUUUCCUGGUUCAUCAUCAUCAUCAUCAAUCUUACCACCACAACCACCACCACCACCACCACCACCAUCUCCACCUCAUCAUCCUCAGCCAUAUCUCUACAGUUCUUCUCGUUUUGUUUCCUUUCCCUCGCAGCAGUACCGACCACCACCACCACCUCCUUCUCAUCCCUUGAACGACUAUGUCGUCGGCCAUGUCUUGCCCAGCAACAACAACAACAGAAACCCAAAUCAAAAUUACACUUGCAUUGGAGCUCCGUUGGGACAUGGGAUGGAUUUGUCGGCAUCAGCAUCGGGGGGAGGAGCAGAUGAUGAGUCACUGAGUUGGGGUCGUAGUGGCUACGGGGGGAGAGGGACACAGCAGCAGCGCUUGGAUCCUUGGAUCAAUCGGUAUCAGGAUGAUGAGUUUUAAGAUCUUUUGAGUAGUGAGAGUAGAAGUUCCAGAGACAAUGCCGUGACAUGCCGUUCUCAAACGGAUAAACCAAAACAACUCUGACAAAAGAGAGAGAGAGAGAGAGAGAGAGAGAGAGAGAGAGAGGGGGGGGGGGGGUAAGGGGUUCUCUUCUCAUCUCUCAACAUCUUAUGCAAAAAAGAGGAACCAUUUGUUUUUUUUCUAAGAUUUUUUGUCGGUUAUCCAUCUGAAAACGAAAUUACAGGUUAAGGGCAGCUUUUGAGCUCAUACAAAGAGUCAGCUACUUUGGCUUUCAGCUGAUGGUUUGUCUUUAAGUUUGUGUGAAGGGUAGUUUUGGAGGGAAACUGGUACUGCUUAUUGCACUGUGAAAAGGAAACUAAGAUGUGGCAUGUGUGGAUUUUUCAAAGGGACAAAGGACUUAGAUUUCGACUGAAAGUUCUUCAUCCCUUUUCCUUUCAUUUGGAGAUUUUAGAGAUUGUUUUGCAUGGCAAAA